AUGUGUUUUGGAGAUAAACUUGAUGAGGAAACUGUUGAGAAUAUUCAAAGGGUACAACAUAGUUUACUUCACAAUUUCAUUCGGUUCAAUGUCCUGAAUUUUCUACCAGUCUUUUUCACCGAGAUUUUGUUUAGAAGACUAUGGAGAAAGAUCUUGGAAAUUCGUCAAAGUCAAGUGAGUGUCUUCCUCCCUAUAAUAAAAGCACGACAUGAGAAAAUGAAAAGCAAGGUUGGUGUUGGUGUUGGAAACGAAGUAGAAGCAGAGUUUGAGGCUUAUGUUGAUACCCUUUUUGAUAUGAAACUCCCACAUAGUGGAAGCAAAUUAAAGGAUGAAGAGUUGGUGAGUUUGUGUGCUGAGUUUAUCUUAGGCGGCACCGACACAACAGCUAUCACGUGGUUGUGGGCCAUGGCAAAUUUAGUGAAGCAUCAAAACGUACAAGAGAAACUGUUUGAUGAAAUUAAGGAAGUUGUGAAACAUGGUGAAGACAUUGAAGAGAAACAUUUGAAAAGGAUGCCUUAUUUGAAGGCUGUGGUCUUAGAGACCCUGCGGCGACAUCCACCUGUUUCAUGA